AUGGUGAUGACAAUUGCAACAGCCUUGCCAAAAUCUCCAGAGAUAAAGCAACUGGAUUGUCAAAGAAAAUGCGGAAAUGUUAGCAUUCCAUACCCGUUUGGCCUCGUUGGAGAUGAUCCAAGCUGUUAUAGAGAUGAAUUCAAGUUGUUCUGCAAUACAGCCACUGACCAUCGUCCGCAACUGAUGAUGUAUGGCCCCGACAGUGAUGAGUAUGGUGAUAAAAUUGUGUUGAACAUAUCACUAGAUGGCGAAUUAACUUUCUCCUACUGGGCUGCUGUCGAAUGUGAUAUGGGGGAGAAUCGACACUACACGACGUAUAUUGUGACUAUGUCUAUAGGGGAGAAAGAAUAUUACAGCACCAAAAUUCCAAAGGCAUAUAGGUUCUCCAACUCUCGGAACAAAUUUAUAGCUAUUGGUUGUAACACACGUGGCAUCAUGACUGAUUAUUAUCACCUAGAAGAGCUCACAGAAUGCGUUUCAUUUUGUCACCAUGACACGGAGGUGACAAAUAUACGUUGUGAUGGCAUCGGAUGCUGCCAGAAGGUGAUACCGGAGGAUCUUGACUCAUUUAGGCUAUUAUUUGACAGUUACAAGAAAGAAUCUCUGCACACAGCCUACGCUUGGAAUAUGAGCAAAUGCAGGAUGGCCUUUCUGUCCGACGAAGACUGGUUUGGCUCAAGUGCUUCUAAUCUAUGGAACUCAAUAAAUAAUGUGGAUUACCUUGUAAACGUUGGAUUCAGAACCCCAGUAGUACUUGACUGGGCAAUUCGAAGCAAUACAUCUUGCGAUGAAACACAAGGAGUAACCAACACCGACCAUGCUUGCGGGAACAAUACCAAUUGCAUACACUCCAAAAAUGGCCCCGGUUAUCUUUGCCAAU